AUGGAGGAGGCCAACGGCGGCGUGCUCUGCCGCGGCGGCACGGCCGAGGCGGGGGCGGGGGCGGGGGCGGAGGCUGGCCGCGCGCCGCACGUGGCGAUGCUGGUGACGCCCGGGAUGGGCCACCUGAUCCCGCUGGCGGAGCUGGCCAAGCGCCUCGCGGCGCGGCACGGCGCCACGGCCACGCUCAUCACCUUCGCCUCCACCGCCUCCGCCACGCAGCGGGCCUUCCUCGCCUCCCUCCCGCCGGCCAUCGCCUCCCUGUCUCUCCCUCCCGUCGACCUCUCCGACCUGCCGCCCGACGCCGCCAUCGAGACGCUCAUGUCCGAGGAGUGCGCCCGCGUGGUGCCCGCGCUCACGGGGGUCCUCUCAGGGCUGAAGGAGACCACAAGGCUGGUCGCGUUCGUCGCCGACCUCUUCGGGGCCGACUCCUUCGACGCCGCGGCGGCCGCCGGCGUGGCGAGGCGGUGCCUCUUCUUCCCGACCAACCUCCACGUGCUCACGCUCAUCCUCCACCUCCCGGAGCUGGACGUCUCCAUGCCCGGCGAGUUCCGGGACCUCGCCGAGCCCGUCAGGCUGCCCGGCUGCGUGCCCAUACCCGGGCCGGACAUCCUCUCGCCGCUCCAGGACAAGUCCAACCCCUGCUACCGCUGGAUGGUGCACCACGGCAGGCGCUACCGCGACGCCGAGGCCAUCCUCGUCAACUCCUUCGACGCCGUCGAGCCUGACGUCGCCCGGGUCCUCCGUGCCCCACAGCCCGGCCGCCCUCCGGUGUACAACAUCGGCCCGCUCAUAAAGACCGACGCCGUCGAGACUGACAACGAGCCGCGUGCACCGUGCCUUGACUGGCUGGACCGGCAGCCGCCCAGGUCGGUCAUCUUCGUCUCCUUCGGCUCCGGCGGCUCGCUUCCGGCGGAGCAGAUGCGGGAGCUCGCGCUGGGGCUGGAGCAGAGCGGGCAGCGGUUCCUGUGGGUGGUGCGGAGCCCGAGCGACGAGGGCGCGGUGAACGCCAACUACUACGACGCGGAGAGCAAGAGGGACCCCCUGCCCUACCUCCCGGAGGGGUUCGUGGAGAGGACCAAGGAGGUGGGCCUGCUCGUGCCGUCGUGGGCCCCGCAGAUAAAGGUGCUGGCCCACGAGGCCACGGGGGGCUUCCUGGUGCACUGCGGGUGGAACUCGGUGCUGGAGAGCCUGGUGCACGGCGUGCCGAUGGUCGCGUGGCCCCUCUUCGCGGAGCAGCGGCAGAACGCCGUCAUGCUGAGCGAGGGGGUCGGCGCCGCGAUACGGGUGCCGGACACGAAGAGGAAAGAGGAGAUCGCCGCGGCGGUGAGGGAGGUGAUGGCGGGGCAGGGCAAGGGCGCUGAGGUGCGGGCCAAGGUGGCGGAGCUGCAGAAGGCGGCGGCGGAGGGCCUCCGCGAGGGGGGCGCCGCCACGACGGCGCUGGAUGAGGUGGUGCAUAAAUGGAUCGGCGGCGGGGACAAGUAG